UCAAUGCCCACAGUUGGGACUCUUAUUUUGAAAGGAAGUUGAUGUGGACUUUCGCGCUGACUGUACGCAACUCGCAUUAGAUAUUUUACUAUUUGUAGAUGUAUACCUAGCUAGUUAUUGACAGAGAAGAGCACAUGUUCGGAUGUUCGUUCCAUAGCUCGUGGUGUAUUAUAACAUGUGGACACUGAACCCUUUAGAAUCCGGAGGUGUCACCCACUACCUCCUGCCAGAGAAGGAGUAUGUGGUGGGGCGUAAGAACUGUGAGGUCAUCCUGCCCAAUGACCAGUCCAUCAGCCGGGCUCAUGCUCACCUCACUGCUACAGAUCAGGCCCUGACCCUGAAGGACAGUUCUAAGUAUGGCACGUUUGUUAACGAGGAGCGUCUAUCAGGGGACACCCCUCGCAGCCUGACGGCAGGGGACAGAGUGACAUUUGGGGUCUUUCACAGCAAAUUCAGUGUGCAGCAGGUAACUGUGGUGGUGUGCUCGUCCUGUGUUGAUAAUGAAGGGAAGGUCUUUCUGUCUCAGACCCUGCAUCUUCUGGGUGGCCGGCUGACCAACACCUGGACACAGGACUGCACUCACCUGGUCAUGCCCACUGUUAAAGUCACCAUUAAGACUAUCUGUGCGUUGCUGUGCUGUCGGCCCAUAGUCAAGCAGGAGUUUUUCAUUGAGCUCACCAAAGCCCUGCAACAGAAACAACCACCUCCAAAAGCUGAGAGUUUCUUUCCAGAGAUAGACGAGCCCAGUCUGAAUAAGGAUGAGGUGGACCUGACAGAGAGGCCAGAACGUAAAGAACUUUUCACUGGCAAGACCUUCCUCUUCCUCAAUGCCAAACAGCAAAAGCGUCUGAGUUUGGCAGUGAGUUGUGGAGGUGGGAGGAGCCAGCUCUUGGAGGAGGGGUCUGUCCCUGUGUCACUCCUGGAAUCACCAUUGAGCUGUGUGAUCGGCAUGGCAACGGGAAACUCCCAAGCACUACUGCCCCACUCCACUAAGAAGUGGGCAGACUCUGUGGGGAGGAUUCUACAGAGGAAAGGUCUUCGAUUCAUCACAGAGUCUGAGAUCGGAUUGGCUGCCAUCUAUGUCAGCUGUGACAAGUACUGCAAUCCUUCCAAUCGAAUGGCUGACUCAGAAUCCAUGAGAAAGAAACCCACCAUCCCUGGCGCCACGCUAUCCCAGAAUGCACCAGUGGACGAGACUAUAAUGCCAGCGGUGUCUCAGAACAUCACAGCCUAUGCUGUAAACACAGAGCCGUCACAGGGCGUCAGUGGGGUGGAAGUGGCUGGGGUGAGCGCAGUUGGAGAGACCCCUGAGAGGGACCAGAGCCGGACCACCUCUCAUCUUAACCGAUCCAAACCCUCAGGCCGAGAGCUGUCAGGGACCUGCACAGUGGCAGAGACUAUGAUGUCAUCAUUCAGUGCCUCAGACAGCACUGGUGGUGGCGGCUCAGACAGAAAAAAGGGAGAGCUACAACAUCCAGGUGGAGGGAAAGGUGAUGCUAUCACCAGAUUCCUGGCCACAGCCCCUCGGACCAAUGGAGGAGUGCAGACGAUGUCUCCACAGAAGCGCUCUUCCCAGAAACAACAGGUAUCGCAGAAAUGUUCCCCCCAGAAACAGUCUGCCCUCACUAAUUUCUUCCAGCCUGUCGGCAAGAAAAGACCUCGGGAAGGCAAGGAGUCCCCUACUGUCCAAUCAGAGGCCAAGUUCUCCAGGAGGGAAGAAGAGAAGGAGAAGAUGAAGAGGACAGUACCACAGCACUCAGAGACCUCCAACCCCCCACACACACCCACAGGCAGGUCCCAGGGCCAACACAGCUCAGGUGCACAUCUGUUUCCAGGUCAGACUGAGGCUCUGUCAGAGGGGUUCUCCAACCCUUCCCAGCAGGGGCGCCAAUCCAGGAAGAGGAAGGAGAUGGAGGAGGAGACUAAAGGGAGUGGGGCUUCAGAGAUAGAGAUGGACGAACUGGAGUCCAUCAUGUCUGAGGACAUGGACGAAUCGGAUGAGCCCAUGUCAGCCAGUCAAGGCCAGCGGUUGAAGCUGACGGAACAGAGUUCAACCAAUCAAGGCCAGAGGUCUCAACUGAUAGACAAGAGCUCAACCAAUAGAAAAUCGUUCCUAGAGACAGUGGAUCUUACAUCUGCCAAUAAGAAACAGCGGGUUAAUUCAGUGAAACCAAUCGCAGCCAAUCAUAGGUCAGGCUUUGAUUCAGAAGAGCGAUCGUCAGCCAGCAGACGACAGUUAGCGGAGCCUGUAGCUGAGGUCAAAGACGAAGAGGUGUCAUUCAUUGAGUCAAAACCAGUUAAUGGUGUGACCCCUGGUCAUCUGGAAGAGCCAGGGACUGAUGUCAAACAGAAAGCCUCAGGUUUAGGGGGUGAGAAUCUCCCCAGCAGACUUAUAGUGGUGGAGUUCAAAUCCCUCACCAUGGCAACACCGGCAAGACCUAAACCACGCCCCAUGGAGACGAACGGCAAUGUCAACAGGAAGGACUUUAAACGCUUCCGCAAGGUCCCAGUUCCCGGUGCCCAGGGUUUGCCCAACAUCAUCGGAGGGUCAGACCUGUUGGCCCACAACCGAGGCAAGAACUCUGAGCUGGAGGAGUGGCUGAGAGACGCAGCAGAGGAUGAGCGUCAGAACAAGAAAGAGGAGACUUUGGGAGAUGACCUCUUCAGGUACAACCCCAAACCCACCAAGAAAAGAUGAGAGCACCUGGUUGUAACAUGAGAAGCCCUGCAGACAAAUGUUCAUCUUAAGACACAGGAAGGGAUGCCAACACCCCAUGGAAUGUUUUGGCUUCUAGAAUUCACAGUUUGAUAGAACUGCCAUCUCCGCUCCACUGAUAAUGUUCAGGAAUGGAUCUUUGAGGUAACUCUUGAUCAUUGUACUCAAAAUUACAAAUGUUUAAACUGUUUUUGUCGGUGAUAGAUGUGGGCAGAAAUGUCAAACUUUCUAUGUACUGUACACUAAUUAUAUACCUUGAUUUAGUCACUGAUGGCGAGCAAUGUAAACAAAUAAAUAGGUGUUACGUUUCAAGAUUUUUAUUGGUUCAUAAUAAAAAAUACAGUAUACAAAACAUAUUAAAAAGUCAUUUGAGUUGUACAAGAGAGGAGUCCAACUCUACCAAGCACAAAGCAGCGUCUGUCUGUUGUGAACAGGAGAAGACCGUGGGUUAUGUGUUGUAAGACAGUAGUAGAAAACCCUGGUUAGACCCCAGGGGUUGGGGAACCUGCUGUUUCCUUUUCUUAUUAAUCAACCCCUAGUUAACCCUUCUCAUCAAGGCACCUACUGUGUAGAUUGGACAUGUAGGUGUAAUUAGCCAUAAGCUGAUGGUCUCUUUGGGGGCAAGGUUGAGUGACUACCACCACCUUACAAUUACACCUAUCCACUGAUUCAUCUUUUCAGGUCUGGAUGUAGUGCCUAAGGGCUGGUUAGUUUGGAAUACAGCAUAUUGACCAGGAACUGUCCAUACAUUUUCAGUUUGCUGAUCUGGUCAACAAUCUAUAUUUUAUCCCAAUUCCACAAUUUUUUUCUUUUCUGCAAGCAGCUUCAGUCUUGAGGAUGACUGCAUGCGGAAAUAAACGGCAUAUGAAUACACACAUUCUAAAGGCGACUGACUGGUUCAAUAAAUGAAUGAAACUCCACCCUCAGUCCUCAAAGCUUUACAUACAGUAACAGGUAUUUGGCACAACAAACACAUGAGGCGUAUGAUGGCUGUGUGAAAGUGACAUGGUAUGAGAAAUGUCACAGAGAAUACUAUACAGACCUGGAAUUAGAGCCACAGGCAUAAUAUUUACUCCAUAAUGGCAACCAGAAAAUGUGCAUUUAACAUAGUCAUUAUGACUUCAAUAGGCGAUAGUCAACUGAUAAAUGCAAUGGACUAGCAGUUUUGUAUUCAGACUGAUGGACGUCAAUGAAUGCACCUACAGUUUGCGUUUAUCCAAUGUACACUUAUCAGGAGUCGUCGACUAGUAGUAUUUUAUAGACCCCUUUGUGUUUGUUAACAUUGCUGCAAAUUGGUGGCAGCAAAAAAGCCUAUAUUUAGAUGUUACUUAUGAGUGCAUUUCACACUACUUUUGGAUUAUAAUUGGAUUUUAAGGCUUGUAUGAAUGUCCUGUUUAAUAUAACAUUUGUGUUAUCCCAAAUCAACUGCAUUAUACUUAAAAAACACUUCAACUUCAACCAGUAAAGUGGCUAUUUGGCUAGCUUUUGCUACAGCCUAUGUCAAUGAGUGUUAGCAUUCUAGCUAACAACUACUGCAUCCAAAAUAGUUAUUUUUCAAAGAUCACAACCAGAUACUGCUUGGGGUCUGUAGCUUGGCACUGAUGAGAAACUCAGAAUUGAGAUGAUGGCAGAAACACUAUAGCAGCUAUGGGCCUGUCUCUACAAAGUUCCAUUUCCUUGAGGCUUUAAAGGGGAGUUGUAGUGGUUCACAGUCCAUUGCAUGGUGAAGGCCAUCAGAGAAAUAGUAGGACAAUUGUUUAAAGUAGAUGAGAAAUCAGAAAAUGCACUUGCAUGAAAGACAAGGUGAGCAAAUAACUAAAACUCAAGACAUUACAAAAUGUCACAAAUAUGACUCUAAAAAACAUGUCACACUGCAGGUUGGAUUUCUGGAUAGAGGACAUUAAACCCUGUGACAGCUUCCCAGCAGAAACCAGAACAGUGGAGCUGUAACAGGUGGUGGGCUGAACCUGGUCAUGUACUGUAACUAGCCUGCCUCCACUUCCAUUGUUUUCAGUUCUCUCAGAAGUGGUAAGAAAGCUUCAGAGUUCAAAUAGGCAUGUCCACUGCAAACAAUAAAAUAUUAAAAAACGUA